GAUACAGUAUUUCUAUUACUACUGUGCUACUACUAUUGUUAUAAUUAUUAUUAAUAGUAGUAGGAGGAAGAGGAGUAGGAGUAGUAGGAGUAGUAUUAGUAGUAGUGGUGGUAGUAGCAGUAAAUUCUUCGGCGAUGUAGGCUAUACACUUAUCAGUACUUUUUUCCAAAUAGGUUUUAGGAAUAAGCCUACGUUUGCCCUGUGAAUAAAACGUCCUUCUUUCUCGCCUUAGAAACUGCAAGAAAACAUAUACUCAGUAAUGAUUCGCCUUAAAGUAAAUAACUUUAAAAGAGUUGUCUGCUUCCUUCGUAAAAACAUGUUGAAAAACUUCCUUAAACCUGUUCUCUAAAGCCAAAGUGUUACGAUAAUAAUGUACUGUGAACUGCUGUUAAAGCCAAUGCCCGAUGAGAAAAAAAGGAGAUGAAUGACAGUACACAUAGUCUAUUGUAAUUGUUGAGAAAGGAAUAAAACUUCACAGUUCGAUUAAAACCAGAUAGACCGUAAAUCUGUAUGUUAAUUCAGAUCUCCGAUAGAAGUAUCCAAAAUUAUUAUCUUGUUUGUAAAAGUCACAGCUCGUCGUGUGUAAGGCGUGGGUACCUGGGAAAAGAAAAAAAAACUAGAUAUUCUUAAAAGUCACGAAACUGAGCCUUAUAGAAUUAUCAGCAAUGCAGACACAAUAAUCUGACUAAAUGUUACAAAAUGUACCUAAUUUGUUGUAAUCUGUUAUGCUUAUUUCUGGAGCAAAGUGUCUGUGGUAACCUAGCACUUCAGCGAUUGUUUAGCUUACUAAUGCCUUGGUUAUGAACAUGGGGAGUUUCAGAAGAUGCAGGCAACCAAUAAUUUGCCGUGUGCUUUUGCCUAUGAGCUGCCCAAGACAGUUCCUAAUGACUGAUAUUGAUAUAUGGUAAUUUCUUUGCCGGAUCACAUGACACAAUUACCUCAAGAAUCGAUCAAGAUGAAUUGCACGUCAGCCUACGUUUCCGAUUUUUUUUCUCCCUCACGACUCCUGUCCACACGCCUAUGGUGCAAUAGAUGUACAAAGUUUAACACAGUCGAGUUGCCUGUUCGUGCUCUCUAACGCCAAACCGAGAUAUGACGGACUACGAUGAUCGCGGUAACUGCGCGUCCAGCAUGUAUUUACCGAACUGCACGUACUAUGUGUCGGCGCCUGAUUUCUCGACUGUGUCGUCGUUUUUACCGCAGUCCACGUCUUGUCAAGUUAAUUUUCCAUACUCUUCCAAUAUCGCUCAAGUCCAACCUGUUCGAGAAGUGGCUUUCAGAGACUAUGGACUGGAUCACCCGAGCAAAUGGCAUUACAGGGGCAAUUACGCUUCCUACUAUUCAACGGACGAGAUAAUGCACCGAGAUCUGCUCCAGUCAUCAAACAGAGCGGAAAUGAUAUUUAAAAAUGAGCCUGUGUACAGCCAUCACGGCGGCACGAACUCCGCGUGCAAUUUUUUCACCAAUGUCGGACGAAACGGAGUACUUCCUCAAGGCUUUGACCAAUUUUUCGAAACUGUUAACACUGGGAAGCCCAACCCUGAGUCCUCCAGACAAAAGACUGAGCCUACUGUCCCCGGAGAUGCCGCAUGUAAUAAAGUGUCCUCGGAUAGCGCGGAUCAGACGAAAAGGGACGCUGAAACCACAGAGGAAGAAUCUCCACUAUCAACGUGCGAGCAAGAGGGGAAGAACAACGGCUCAAGUACAAAGUCCAGAAAAAAGAGAUGCCCAUAUUCAAAAUAUCAGAUCCGAGAACUUGAACGAGAAUUCUUUUUCAACGUGUACAUAAAUAAAGAGAAGCGCCUCCAGUUGUCAAGAAUGCUAAACCUUACAGACCGACAAGUGAAGAUCUGGUUCCAGAACAGAAGGAUGAAAGAAAAAAAGCUCAACCGAGAUCGUCUCCAGUACUUCACUGGAAACCCUUUAUUCUGAAAUCAUUAGACUGUUUAUUUUAGCAGACCACGUUCAUGGCUUUCACCCAGUCGUGAGCAUGUAUGCUAUUGGGACAUUAUGCAUUCAACCGAAACAGAUACCUAAGCUGAACUGUUAGGUCUGAUGUAUACUUUUAACUAUGCAAAAACGUUGGUAACCUAUUAAAACAAUGAACUCUUACCUCUGUGAAAAUUAUAACCACAACAAGAAAACAUUCUAAAAAAGAAUGGUACCGAACGGUAGACAAUCUUUUCAUGUUCUGUUGUUUAAUUGUGAUUGCUACAGAAACGUAAUCGUAUUGUAUCUUUUUUUUUUUAUUUAUUGCAAUUUUCAUGGUACAAGGCUAGGUAAGUCACUACAAUUGCAGUAAGCAAAACAGAUUUUGAUUACAAUAAUCAAUGCGUGUUUUCAUUAGUGUAGAAAUGUGUAUGCAUUUGUUUCGGUAGCAUGCUGUGUAUUGGUCUAGUAAAUAAAUAUGAAUAUUCCAGAAUUCUCUGAACUUUUUUUUACGUAAUAGCUUGUAUUUUGUGUGAGAGAAUGUGCUUGCUGUUAUUUUUUUUAUUAAAUAUAUUUGUUUUGAAAACGUUUCAAACAUAUUAAAAGCAGAAAUGUGCAUGUAAAUUACUAAGCAUAUUCUUUAAAUAAACUUCUUUCCACUUCGAUCA